UUUGGUUCCAUGGAGGUGUUUAUCCUCAUAGGAUGAGGAAGUUCAGACACUAUAUUAAUUUGUAUGGAGGUCUUCAUGAACAUAUCUGCCUGGAGCAUCCACAGCAGACCCAUCAACUCUUCAACACAGACUGCUAACGUGAGGACAACUUGUGUACAUCAUGUCAGUUCCUGACCAGAUUCCCCGUGGCCGGGUUUCCAUUGACAAAUCGAACUCUGAAGAGUUUAUUCCUCCUGAGCUUGAACUGUUUGAUCAUAUGGCACCAAGAGCACCUAUGGCGCCAUCUUUCUCAGUAUUGGCUGUUGACAUGCAUGUGGCAGAAAACAAGACAUUUCACAACACCAGCAAGUACAAAAACUCCAACUUGAUUGUGCGCCGGAACACAGAGUUCUACAUCAUCAUCAGAUUUAACCGCCCAUUCAAUACACAGGAAGACACUGUGGAAAUUGAAUUUUCGAUUGGCAACUCACCUGACGUAAACAAGGGCACCUACAUCAUUGUGUCCUUUGGAAAGGUGACAAGUGACGUCAGCUGGAAGUGUCGUGUGGUGAACACACAAGACAAUGAUGUGGCAGUGGGCAUCACACCAGACUCCAACUGCAUCGUGGGCCGUUUCCAAACUUUUGUGGGUGUGUUGAGUAACUUUGGAAAACAGCGAACACAGAGGAACCCCAACACUGAUUUUUAUGUGCUGUUUAAUCCUUGGGACCCUGCGGAUCAGGUGUACAUGCCCAGAGACAGUGACAGACAGGAAUAUGUUCUGAAUGAUGUGGGGGUCAUCUUCAACGGAGAAUUUAACAAUAUAACAUCCCGUUCAUGGAACUACGGGCAGUUUGAACAAGGAGUUCUGGAUGCCUGCCUUACGGUUAUGGAUGCUGGCAAAGUACCGCUGAUAUACCGCGGAAAUGCCACUGAAGUCGUCCGGCAAGGCUCAGCUCUGAUAAACUCUAAUGACGAUGAUGGUGUUCUGGUUGGAAACUGGAGUACUGAUUACUCCACCGGCACGGCACCCACUGCCUGGACUGGAAGUCCUGAAAUCCUGCUGAAAUAUGCCAGAGGAAAUUGCGUGCCUGUUUGCUUUGCUCAGUGCUGGGUGUAUGCCGGUGUGCUGAACACAUUUUUGCGCUGUCUUGGGAUACCUGCGAGAGUCAUCACAAACUACUGCUCCGCUCACGACAACGGGGGCAACUUGAAGACAGACAUCGUGCUGGACGAAACUGGCGCACUGGACAGAAGGAAUACAAGAGAUUCAGUCUGGAACUAUCACUGCUGGAAUGAGGUGUACAUGAAGAGACCUGAUCUGCCCUCACAAUACUCUGGAUGGCAGGUUGCUGACAGCACCCCACAGGAGACCAGUAGUGGUCUUUAUCGAUGCGGUCCAACAUCGGUCAAUGCUAUAAAAGCAGGUGAGCUCAGCUACCCAUUUGAUGCAAGGUUUGUGUUUGCAGAGCUGAACAGUGAUGUGAUCUACCAUCAGUGUGAUAAGUAUGGAAACAUGAAGACCCUCCAGGUGGACACUGAGUAUGUGGGAAAACUUGUCGUGACCAAAAGUGUUAACGGUAACGGAUACGAGGAUAUCACUUCUAACUAUAAGUAUCCAGAGGGAAGCGAACAGGACAAGCAGACCAUGCAGACGGCAGCGAGCCGUGGUGUUCCUUCCAGGGGUUAUGUGCCACCUGCUGCAGCUAAUGUGAGCAUUGAGCUCCAGGUUGAUACCAUCAAAAUGGGUGAUGACUUCAGGCUGACCAUGAACAUUAAGAACCAGGGUGGUCAACGCUGUACCGUCAAUACCACCAUUACUGGCAGUGUGGUGUUUUACACAGGGGUCACCGGCACCAAGAUCAAAUCUGAAAACAGAACUGCUGUUUUGGAGGCCUGGAAUACUCAGACAAUGAUGAUUGACGUCCGAGCUGUGGAGUACAUGUCCUACCUGGUGGAGCAAUCCAAUCUGCAAUUUGUUGUGUCUGGGCAGGUUGCAGAAACUGGCGCAUCCCUCUCCGUAAUGAGAGUUGUCACUCUUCGCCCUCCUGAGCUGACUAUACGGGUGAGUGGAUAUCCACGUGUUGGCAAUGUUUUCACCGUCACUUUGGAAUUCCGGAAUCCCUACAGUUUUGCCCUGAACAACGUUCAACUCCGCCUUGAUUCACCUGGUCUGAUACAGACCAUAAUCAAAACCUACAACAAAAUUUUACCUGGUGACUUUGUGCAAGAUAUAGAGUCGAUCACCCCUAUGUAUUCUGGUAAGAAGGUGCUGAUAGCAUGUCUGGACUGUGCUGAACUGAGACAGGUCACCAAUCAGCUGGAAAUCAACGUAAUGUAAGACGACUGACCGCUAAAAGAGACAAAGAAAGAACAAAGAGAACAGAAAUGAAAAAAGAAU